AUGUCAGUUUUUGUUACAUCAGUCAUCAGUGAUGACAUAGUUACCCUUCAAACAAACCUUGGUCCUGUUAAAGGAAUCACUUCAACAGUAUCAUUUGGCAAUAUCACAAAAGCUUAUACUGUUUUCAAGAAAAUACCAUACGCUAAACCACCAGUCGGAGAACUUCGAUUUAAAGAUCCAGUUUCAUAUGGCCCAUGGAAUGGAACAUUAGAUGCAACACAGUUUGGUCCGUCGUGUUUUCAGCCAAAAUACCCAGCAUUUGAGAACUACAUGCCAAAUUUUAAACAGAGCGAAGACUGUUUAUUUUUAAAUAUUUACGUUCCUGUUAGUACCUCGGUGAGAAAGAAAAAGUCCGUUAUGAUAUGGAUACAUGGGGGUGGCUAUGUUACAGGACAGGGCAUGUUAUACGAUGGGUCCUAUUUAAGCGUUAUUGGGGAUGUUAUUGUUGUCACUAUAAACUAUCGUUUAAAUGUAUUUGGGUUUUUGACUACUUCAGACGGUAUGUCAAACGGUAAUUAUGGCUUCAAUGAUCAGAGAAAGGCAAUUCAGUGGGUUAACAAUAAUAUUGAAAGUUUUGGUGGUAACACACAAUCCAUUACUUUGUUUGGAGAAUCGGCCGGUGGAUUCAGUGUUGGCUUGCAAGCAAUAUUUCCUGCAAACAAGGGACUUUUCCAUCGAGUAAUUGAACAAAGUGGAUCAUCUGAUCUUCACAUUGUCGGUUUCUGGGCACCUUAUUUCAAGGAUGACCCAAGGAACAGCAUGUUAAAUUCUAGUUCGCCUUCAGUUGAGUUCUUUCAGUCAUUAGACGUGAUAAUAGGGACAUGUGAAUCAGAGGGAUCGUUAUUGGUUGAAAUACUGGCAGCAUUACAGAACAAAUUAUCCUUCAACAUAUCAGAUGGAAUAACGUCUGAUUAUAUGUGUAAGCAUAUUAUUCCACCACUAACUGAAGAUUAUUACCAUAACAGUACUGCUAUAGAACCGUAA